AUGGUCGGAUUUGACGCGAAAAAUAAAGAAACAAUCAAUCCAUUAUAUCUAUGUCGAUCAUGCAAUCUCAUUUUAAGAGAACCAUUUCAACUUUUAUGUGGUCAUCGGCAAUGCAAAACAUGUAUUGAGGCUACUGAAGGGGAUGUGGUGAAAUGUGCUGAAUGCUCAGAAGAAUCACCAAAAAGCGAAAUAAUGCCGGAUCGUGGAUUUAGAAAUGAUAUGAAACUUUUACAAAUUGCUUGUUCGUUAUGUGAUUGGAAUAGUUUAUUCAAAGAUUAUGAGGAACAUUUGAUAAAAACACAUCCAAAUCCAGUGUGUGAGUUUUGUCAAGAGAAAUUCAAUUCUACAACUAGACUUGACGAACAUAAACAAAAAGAGUGUACGAAAAUUACUGUGUCUUGUCCUCUCAAAGAAUAUGGUUGUGCGGAAUCUAUCCUUCGAGUUCAACUAACAGACCAUUAUUUAACUGAUCAACAUCAAACUGCGAUAGUCAAUGUUGUGAAACGUUCAGGUUUUAAAACAGCAAGUGAUCAACAUGAACGAAUGUCAACCAUGGAUGUUGAUAUGGGACAAGGAGCAUCUAGUUCAAUGAUGACAACAACAAAUGAAACUAUGAAUAGUCAGAUGCAAGAGAUUUAUGAAGCGAUCAAUAUUCUUGCUAGUGGAAUUCAAACACUAAAUGAUGAUACACAACGUCUUAGCACUGAUUCAGUUAGAUUACAAAGUUCAGUUGAAUUAUUAACACAAGAUUUUGCAACACUAAAAUUAAGCGUUGAAGAACAAGGCGCUUUUCUAGAUGGUAUCAAACCAAAUCAAGAAAUUCUUCAACAAGAAGUUGCAUCAUUAAAACAGAAAAUUGAUGAUAUGCAAUAUGUCUCUUAUGAUGGAACAUUAAUAUGGAAAAUAACAAGUUUUAAUGAGAAAAUGAUGGAUGCUCAAUCCGAACGACAGACAUCAAUAUAUUCACCACCAUUUUAUUCCUCACCUACUGGAUAUAAGAUGCGAGCUCGGUUAUAUCUUCAUGGGGAUGGUAAUGCUCGACGAACGCACAUGUCACUCUUUUUUGUUCUUAUGCGUGGCCCAAAUGAUGCCAUAUUGAAGUUUCCUUUUAACUAUAAAGUUACAUUCUGUCUCUAUGAUCAAACACCACAACAAAGGCAUAUAAUUGAUUCUUUUCGACCAGAUAUCAAAUCUAACAGUUUUCAACGACCGAGGUCAGAGAUGAAUAUCGCAAGUGGUAUUCCUAAGUUUUUUCCACUGGCAAUGAUACAACAAGAAGGUAAUCCAUAUGUUAAAGAAGAUACAAUGUUUAUCAAAAUUAUGGUUGACUUUGGUGAUAUGCCAAAAACGUUAUUACCAUAUGCAUUAAGUUUAAAUCCUGGACUACCAAUGCAUAUUCAACAAACAUUGGUUAAACAAGAAGCAGAAAGACGAACACAACAACAACAACAGGCUCAACAAGCACCAACAUCUCCAGUAAAUCGUCCAGGUGCGACGGGUUUGCCGCAAAAUACUGAAACACAAUUACCACAAAUAUUUGCUACAACAUCACCAUCGAAUAUAUCAAAUGAUAACUCAAAUAACAGCAAUGAUGGUUCGCAGUUGGGGUAG